GAGCCUCACCUGACCGAGGCGCUGCGGUGACGUCAACGGCCACAUCUCUCGUAGAGCAGAGGAGAGACGGAUACCGGCGAACCGGCAAGUAGAUGCUGUGACGUCACAUGAGGGUUCAGCACUCUCCAGCUGCAGAAUGGACGUGAAGGCGGACGCUGUGAUCUGAGGUCCUGCGAUGAAACGUACCCCUUACAGAGUUCCCGACACCUCCCGAGCGCAUCUCGUCUCUGAUUCUCAGCUGGGAAGCCAUAGCCAGAAAGAAGGGGGAAUGUUCUCCAAUCUUAAGAAAAAACUUGCGGAGGAGGGGGCCAUAGCGCCGCGGCCUGGUGGCGCUGCUCGCAUCCCACGCUCUAUCAGCAAAGAGUCGAUCACAUCUGUUGGGGCUGAUUCUGGGGAUGACUUUGCCUCAGACGGCAGCAGCUCCCGCGAUGAUCGGCCUUCUCAGAUUUCCAGAAGGAAUGAUCAGAUCCGCAGACUGGAAGCCAAAUUAUCAGAUUACGCAGAACAGGUCCGACACCUGCAGAGGAUGAAAGAGAAACUUGAGCUUGCUUUAGAAAAGCACCAGGAUUCAUCAAUGAGGAAGUUUCAAGACCAAAACGAGAUGUAUAAUGCAAGCCGAGCCAAGAUGGCGGAAGAAUAUUCACUUUCUCUUGAAAAGAAAGACCAGGAAUGGCUACUGAAGCUUGCAGCACUUGAAGAGGAGAAGAGAAAACUUUCUGACCAGGUGGAAAUGAUGAAAAAACAGAAUAUCUCUUUGUUCCAAAAACGAGAAGAUCUUGAUGAGUUGGAAGUGUUUCAGCAACAAGAAAUGGCAAAAAUCAAGCACAUGCUGUUAAAGAAAGAAGAAUUACUGAGUAAAGCUGAAAAAGACUUAGAGUUAAAAUGCAGAGAAGCCGAGACAUCUCAGGCAGAGCUUCAGGACAGCCAGCGUCUCUCAGAUAAACUCAAGAAAGACCUUGAGCAACUCCAAGAAGAAAACUCCAAGCUGGCUGAGCAGAGGACAGAACUGGCAUCAACUCAGGAAGGGGCAGAGAAGAAGGUUACCGAGCUGGAACAGAGACAGCAGGAACUCCAGGACUUUAUCCAGCGACUGUCUCUGGACUUGCAGAAGGCCCAGGCUGGAGCCUGUAGCAGCGAGAAGAGACUGAAUGAUGUUCAGAAUGAAUACGAAACGCUAAAGCUACAGCAUGAACAGCUGAAAUCCAAGAUGGCAAUAGAAGCUGGUGAAAAGGAUGCCUUAAUUAUCCGCUUGCAAGAAAAAGUCAAUUUGCUGGCGAAGACACUUGAAGGAACUUUCUCUGGGGAGAAAGGUCUGCAAGAACUUCUUAUGGAGAAAGCAGGCCUAGAAACACGACUGGAUGAGACAAGACAACAGUUAUUGGAGACCAGGAGUCUACACUUGGAUAGAGUCUCUCAGAUGGAAUCCCAGACUGCAAAACUAAACAGCAGGUUACAAGAUAUGCAGGAUUUCUUACAGCAGAAGGACACAGAGAUGAACCAGUUCAAAGAUGAAAGUUCCUUAAAGCUCAGAGAUGUACAGCAGACGUUACAGACAGUCCGAGAAGAACUACACGCUCGAGAGAAGGAGCUGAAGCAGAAAGAGGAGCAAAUCACUUCAUGUCAAUCAGAGCUGAAAUCUGAGAGCGAUAAAUUAACACAUCAGCUGCAGAGUGUGAGACAGCAAUGUGCGGAGAAGGUGGGUCGACUAGAAGCCCAGGUCUCUGCCCUGGAGAGUGCUCGAGAAAUUGAUAGGACAUCAGCACAGCACAAUAUUAGUCUUUUGGAACAAGAAAAGGAGUCUUUACAGGAAAGAAAUAAAGAUCUGGAAGCUGCUCUCAAAAAGCUGGAAGCCGAUCAGGAGAAGAUGAAGGAGGAGCUGAGUAGUAGAGAGACUGUGAGCGUUGAGAUUGCCAAAGCUUUGGAGGAAACACGGAAGCAGAAAGAAGAUCUUCAGCAACAGGUAGUAGAUCUGACUGCUGUAAUUGAAAGGAACACACAGGAGAUAUCUCUAAAGAAGGAGGAGCUGGUGAGAAAAGAUGAAGAGGCUGCACUACUGAAAGGAGAUUAUGAUGCCAUUGUAUUAAAAAUGCAGCAGCUGCAGUCUGAACUGGAAACGUAUAAAACUAAAGCAGCUCAGAGCGAGGAGUCUGCUGAGAAACACGUAAGAGAUGUCGGCCUGCAGCUGCAGGAACAAAAAGAGGCUCUGCAGGCAAGUGAGACGCAGGUGUCCUCGCUCCAACAAGAAGUGUCCACUCUUCAUGAACGUUUGCAUGGAACCCAUACUCAGGAGCCUAAUGGAGCGGUGACAGUGGGUGACAUUGCACAGCUCCAGAAGGAGAACAGGGAAAUGGAGCAACAGAUUGUUGAAAAAAAUAAGACUAUAAAACAACUCCAGCAGCGAAUGGCAGAACUGAAGAAGACUUUGCAGAAAGAGCUGAGACUGAAACCAGAAGCAGAAGAGAAGCUGAAUCCUGCGGACCCCCCGGCCCCAUCCCUCACCGUGACCAAUAACGCUGAUCUCAAUGAUUCCCGGGAGAUAAACUUUGAGUACUUGAAACACGUUGUUCUGAAGUUUAUGUCGGCACGGGAAGCAGAGGCCUUUCAUCUUAUUAAAGCUGUAUCAGUAUUGCUCAACUUCUCCGUGGAGGAGGAAAAUCUACUUAAGGAGACACUAGAAUAUAAGAUGUCCUGGUUUGGUUCUAAGCCGGCUCCAAAAGGUUCAGUCCGCCCAUCGAUUUCCUAACCAAGGACACUGUGGUCUUAAGUGGACUGAACUUUUGGUACUAAACUCCUUUUUGGCUGCACUUUCUAUGAAAAUGACAUUGAUGCUUGAAGAUUUUGGUGCGUUCUAACUCCUCUCCCUACUGUUUGCUUUUUGAGCUUUUCCCUGACCUGUUUACAAUCCGAGUAUCUCGGUGGCGACUUUAUUUCGGUUCGGGUGGAUGAUUAAUAUUCACUCAACCAGCACAGAGAAAUGACAACCUCAAACCACUGACAUAUGAUCCUAUGCAAUGGAAGACUCCUGUACUGUUCCUUUCCUGCACAUGAGCUGCAUUCCACUCCAUGACCGGCCCAGUUCUUAGUGUUCGGGAGCUGCUAUCGUGUGAUAUCUGGCCAGCGACACUGAGAAUCGGAAGGAUUUUAUUUCUGCAUCUUGCUUCCUUUCUCUUUCAAAGGGCUUUUGUCGAAACCGACAAGUAGUGGUUCAUGGCACAGCGUAAUUUAUGGUGUUUUAUGGGGUAGUGCCAUUCUGGGCCUUUUAAUUCCACCCAAGUCUCAAAAUUAUAAUUUUAUAUAAGAGGAAAUUCAGUUUUAAAUGAAACCUGCAAGAAACUGUAGGACUCCUGCGUUCAUGAAUGGUGAAGGUAGCAAUGCUGUUCUUCUCCGAGCAUCUUGGCCGUCAGUUGCUCACCAUUCUUGGUAGGUGGAAAUAUUAGGUGGGUAUCCUAUUCCUACUUGAUCUGUACAUGAUUACAUAUGAUCUGGCUAUUGGGGGUUGGGGGGGGGGGGGGGGGGGGGGUUGGAAUAGCAGUGAUGAUUGUUAUUCAUACAGGCGAUCGGGGAUCCCCAAUGUAAAAUGAUCUAACUGGAGACGACUAAAGUUCAUGUUAUAUAAUGUUCCAUGGUAUCACAUAUACUGUAUGCUCAGGAAUAUUUUGAUAAUUCUGUUCACCUUAUACAUGACUAUUCGGAUGCCGUAAUAGCCUCACACAGUCCUGCUGAACAGAUCACCAUUGUGCACUGGACUCUGGUGUAACGGCCAUCUGCAUCCCUUUGCUUUUUGGUUGCAAAGCCGAUCGCAGAACACAUCCAGUCAGACGGUAUGCAGUCAUCAGAGUGACAGGGACUUGGUGUGUAUGUAAGGUCUUAAAAAUGACCUGUCCCCAAACCAAAAAGAAUGUGACAUACAUAUACAUAACUGUUUGCCAUGCUUCACUGAUGGGGGGGACCUGAUUAGAUGCCUCCUUCAUUCUUGAGAUGUGUCCCGAUAGUUGCGGAGCCAGAUAUGUUUAAUCAGACUGACUAGCCACGGAGGUGUCACCCGUCACUCUUCUUUACUAGGGGAGGUUUUUCCUCUGCGGUCACAGAGAAUCAUGUUGCAGCGUGAUCUCACGGGAACUGGAGGUUUUCACAAGACCACACUUCAUCAUAGCUUCAGACGGGACCGUGUCUCACUCAGUCUCUGUGAGGAAGAAACCUAGCAAAGAAGAGGAGUGACUGGUCACACCGCCAUGGUUUGACAGUCGGGAUAGACCUAUCUGGUGCCGCAACUUUUCGGGCACAUCUGAAGAAUGGGUGGGGGGGGGGGGGGGGGGGGGAGGUGAUAUGCACCCAGUCAUAAUAGCAAGUAUGCCAUGCUAAGGGAUGCAUCUGUAUGUCAAUUAUUUUGGUUUGGUGACAGGUCCUCUUUAAAAAGUAACUAAACUUAAAGUUUUGAUCGGUGCAGAUCCAGGUGCUGAACCCCCCACUGAUCACUAAAACUGCGGUGCAGAAGUGAUCAUCCAAGGGACGUGCCCCUUCAGCUUUUAUCAGACAUUUUGGUCUCCUUCUUCCCUAUUUGUCGCUGCAGAUGGUUUCUGGUAUUUUAUUCAAGAGAAAGCAGUCACUAAUGUCAGACAACUACCUAUGUAUCAGAAAUAUAGCAGCGGCAGGCAUGUAUCAGAGACGCCAGAAGUUGCAUCAGAUCAGUAUAGGACUGGAUAGUAAAUUAUUGUGCAGAGCGCAACUUUCUAAAGUAUUAAGUUAAUGAAUUUCCUUGCUCUAAUCUCCCACAAAGCACUUUACUGGUAAGGGGGACAUCAUAACCGCGUCUCAGUGUUAUCUGGUCUUUGCGUCCCUACUGUGAUUUUAGCUCUUCAUCUAGUCCUUUACCUCAUGUUGAUUCUAGCCCUUCAGACGGCUGAUAAUUCAUCACUCAUCGUUGUGUUCGGCUGCUGGAAUGAGAGUAGAUUUAUGGGGACAUGUAUCAUUGUAGUGUAAUAAAAUCCAUUCCCUUUGCCAUCCUGACAUCGUGCAGAGAUAAUGGUGACCAGAGCGGACACUCGUAUGCUGCCAGAUAACCAUCAGAGCCGAUCAGUCUUAUUACUUUACAGGAGGGACAGAAUGAUAAAGUUAUAAACUAUGAGUUCAAACAUCCGCUAUUAAGUGAACCUGAACCCUUGAAAACCAACUACCUUCAUAAUAACUUGUGUUCUUCUUUCUUUGAAGUUUUUUUUUCUAACUUUGGGCACCCAUGUGGCAGGACCUGCAGAGAAAAGCAAACGUACUUGCUUCCUGCCGCUGGGUUCUGGCUCUUGAGCUUCCCCGGUGCUAAACUUCCUGUUUGAUGCAGGUCACAUGUGCCACUGCAGCCAAUUGCUGGCUGCAGCGGGGACCCCAUACAUCAUCCUUGAGUCAGACGUCACUGCUGUGGCCAGCCAUCAGCUGCACAAGUGAUGAGUGUCAGGGGGAGCAAAGUAGCCGAAACCCAAUGACAGGGAGCAGGUAAGUAAUUUCUUCCCUCUGCAGGACUGGCCACUGGGGUGGAGGGGGGAUGAGGGGUGUGUGGCCAAAAGGCCACCCUUUGACAUGUACACAUUUAAGUGAUUUGGAGCAGAAUUUCUCAGUAAAAAGCAAAGUAAACCUGGCCAAACAUAUUUGAUGUAUGUCAGCCAAACCCAGUGAUUGCGGCAGCAUCCGUCCAUCAUAUAAUGUCUGUGGGGAGCUACCGAGACUCCUUUGGCGGCAUUAGAUAGGGGAUAGAAGGGUCUGGCAAGUUGGAUUUUAAAACGCGGAUCCUUUUGUUCUUUGAGAGAUAAGCCUCCCAUAUAAGUGUCUGUUAGCAGCUUUUUCCCCUUUCCCAUUCACAAUACAUGCAUACUUGGCUCAGUCUAGCAUGCAUGUGUAUGACAGAGAUCAGAGAGACAGCUGUUGGCUGACAUUUAAUACAUUUGUAUUUGGCAAGUUUAAUGGGUAGCUUUACUGAGUAAAAAAUAAAUUUAAAAAAUUGGUAUGUGAAAGAGACAUAUUAAAAGUUUUGAUCUGUAGGGGUCCGAGCGCUCAGACCCUCACUGAUGGGACCGACUGAUAGGCUCAAUAGAAAGUCUAUCUCCUGAAGAUAUACAAGCCCCUCUGUCUCCUCGGUCUAGGGUGCAGACCCCACCGAUGAAAACGUUUGAUAUGUUUUUUGAAACUUUAAAUCCUGAUGACUAGGAGAUAGCGGGAUGCAUAAUUGCCCACACGGGAUGAUUGACCCUGUAUCCGAGCGUGUAUGCAGAAGACUGGCAAUCCCCCAGUGUGAGCAGGGUAAUUAGGACUCAGUCUCUCCUAGGAGUCCUGUAAGGAUUUACUCAGAAAUCCUGCACCAAAUCCUGUAAAACGAUAUAACACUGAGCUCCACAUCCCUCCCUCAUAGGACAGCCUGAUGAGUGACAUGAGAUAAGAGGAAGGGUCUUUUUAUACCAGGGGAACACUAUUAGGGGGCAUUUUAUAUACAGAGGGGCACUAUUGGGUGGAUUUUAUAUACAGGGGGUACUGUGGGGUCCUUAUAUGCUGGGGCAUUGCGGGGGUGUACUGAAGGCGCUGCAGAUAUUGGGAU